CUGGGCUGCUUAAAUAAGAACAAAAGUUGACAUGACAUUCAAAAAUGAUUUUUUCCUCCUUGCUUACCUCAGACCUAGAAUGAGUUACACUGCCAAGUCAUGCGGAGGCUGCAGAAAUCAUACAAUUCAUUUAGCAUGUUGCCCAGGCACAAUUCUGCAAAUCGACUGAAUUCACAGUGUCUGAAUGCUUAAUAAAUGUGUUUCUGUGUACCUCUUGUGGCCAGUGCUACCACCUGGCCUUCCUGACUGGCUCCUGAUUGGCUGGCGUCAUGCAUCAAAACUACCCUCGCUAUGUGAUUGACAGGCCGGCCUACUCCUUACCCGUCUUUGACGAGGAGUUUGACAAGAAGAGCCGGAGUUUCCCAGUGGGAGAGAAAGUGAAAAAAUUCUUCCGGUGUUCUCAGGCCCGUCUGAAGUCGCUGCUCUUCAGACAUCUACCUGUGCUCACCUGGCUUCCCAAGUACAAGGUGAAGCAGAACCUGUUAUUUGAUGCCAUCAGCGGGGUCAGCGCAGGAACCAUCCAGGUUCCCCAAGGCAUGGCCUUUGCCCUGCUGGCCAACCUACCUCCAGUCAAUGGGCUGUACUCCUCCUUUUUCCCCCUCAUCCCUUAUUUCUUCAUGGGCACUGCCCAUCAGAUGGUACCUGGGACUUUUGCUGUACUUAGCAUUAUGGUUGGCAUGGUGUGCCUGGACCUGGCACCUGCUUCCGACUUCACGCACUUCAAUGCCACCCUCAAUGCCACCGUGGUGGAUGAGGCGAGGAUGGGCCAGGUCAGGCUGGGCAUCUCAGGCACUCUGGCCUGCCUCACAGCAAUCAUACAGAUCGGCCUGGGCCUGAUGCAGUUUGGCUUUGUGGCCAUCUACCUGUCCGAGUCCUUCGUCAGGGGCUUCAUGACAGCGGCCGGGCUGCAGAUUCUCAUCUCCGUGCUGAAGUACAUUUUUGGCAUCAGCGUGCCCCCCUUCAGCGGACCCCUGGCCACCAUCUACACCCUGGUGGACAUUUUCAGAGGCCUGCCCCACACUAAUGUGGCAUCGCUGGUCUUUGCGUUGGUCAGCAGCGUGGUUCUCAUCCUGGUGAAGGAGCUGAACGCACACUAUCGGCACAAGCUGCCCUUCCCCAUCCCCAUGGAGAUCGUCAUAGUUGUAGUGGCAACAGCCAUCUCUGGCCCCCUGGACAUGCCUAAAAAGUACCACAUGGAUAUCGUCGGGGAGAUUCCCCUGGGAUUCCCCACCCCCAUCUUACCGACAGUGAGCCAGUGGGAGGAUAUGCUGAGCACAGCCUUUUCCCUGGCGAUUGUGGGCUACGUCAUCAACCUAGCCAUGGGCCGGACACUGGCAGCCAAGCACGGCUAUGACGUGGACCCCAAUCAGGAGAUGCUGGCUCUGGGCUGCAGCAACUUCCUUGGGUCCUUUUUUAAGAUCCAUGUCAUCUGCUGUGCCUUGUCUGUCACACUGGCUGUGGACAGUGCUGGGGGUGCCUCGCAGUUUGCCAGUCUGUGUGUGAUGCUGGUGGUGAUGGUCACCAUGCUGGCUUUGGGAGCUUACCUCCAGCCGCUACCCAAGUCUGUGCUUGGAGCGCUCAUUGCGGUCAACCUGAAAAACACUUUGCUGCAGCUCUCUGAUCCCUACUACCUGUGGAAAAAGAACAAGCUGGAUUGCUGCGUUUGGGUGGUGUCCUUCUUGGCCACAUUCUUCCUCAGCUUGCCAUAUGGCGUGGCCAUCGGCGUUAGCUUCUCCAUCCUUGUGGUCAUUUUCCAGACACAGUUCCGCAAUGGCUCAGAGACGGCACAGAUUAUGGGCACUAACCUCUACAGGAACCCCAAGGUGUACAGCAAGGUAAAGUUCGUUGAGGGUGUGAAAAUAGUCAACUACUGCUCCCCCCUCUACUUUGCCAACGUGGAGAUUUUCCGCCGAAAAGUCAUCAAAAAGACCGAGUUGGACCCAGGCAAGCUGCUGCUGGCCAGGAAGAAGUUUCUGAAAAAACAGCAGAAGGAAAAGGAGGAGAAGAAGAAGGCCACUAGAAAGCGGCAGAUUAGUAUUGUUCCCCAAACCUUGACAACUUCUAAGCUGGAGCUGCAGAAUGACUUUGACAUCACUAGUGAAAAUGGCACCAGAAAGUCCAGCCUGCCUACAUCUUACAUCAACUACCACGGUGAUAUGGCUAAUCUAGGCGAUGACCAGAACCAGGCCUGUGAUUCGCCUGUCACCAUGGAGCCCCGCCCCCCGCCCUUCCACACGCUCAUUCUGGACCUGGCUGGGGUUUGCUUUGUUGACCUCAUGGGCAUCAAGGUGCUGACCAAGAUGAGCUCCAGUUAUAAGAUGUUGGGGAUACAUCUGUAUCUGGCCAAUGUUCAAGCCCAGGUGUACGAGGAGCUGGAGAUGGGAGGGGUGUUUGAGGAAGGAGGCAUCGCUCACAGUGACCUCUUCCCCUCCGUCCAUGAUGCCAUCCUCUUUGCUCAGGAGAGACCGAGGGGCACUGAGAAUAUGUAUAAGGCAGGGAGAGAGCAGCAGGAGCUGGCCUUCGACAUUCAGGAGGAGGAGAAGGACCUGGAGCAGGAGCUGUUUUGAAUAUGGUGCCAAACUCCUUUGUUCAAAGCCUAUACAGUAGGGAACAUCAAUGGACUAGGAAUAAAUGGAGAACAGGCUGCCUUGCGAAGAUCAAUCAUGUGAAGACUAAUUACAAUGCCCCCACCAAUUUACAAGUGACCAUUUUGUUUUUCUGAAUGACAUUAUUAAAAUUCACAUUCCUGGAUUAUGUUACAUUAUAAAAAAAAUCUUAUGUAAACCAUGAAACCCAUGGUACUUUGCGAUUUGAAUUAUUACUCAGUUCUUCCAUUAAGAUAUGAUGGCACUGGCUUUAGGGUUGAUAGUUGUAAAGAGCCGAUGAUCAAUUUUUAAAAAUGAAUAUGUUGUAUACCUUGAUCAUUGAGAAAGCUUUAAAAUGGCAUGUGUACUUAAACUCUACAAGAAUAACUAUGUAAAUAAACCAAAACAGAGAAAGAUAA